AUGUCAUUCAACUGCAGUAGAAGGUCUGUCGUUCAUUCCAGCAAAGGAAUAGUGAGCUGCAGCCAGCCAUUGGCCGCUGCCGCUGGGAUCAAGAUUUUAGGACUUGGUGGUAACUCCAUCGACGCAUCUAUUGCCGUCUCGGCUUGCCUUUGUGUUUUAGAGCCAGCUUCAACUGGUGUUGCGGGAGAUUGUUUUCUAUUACAUUUUGAUUCUAAGACGAAUAAAGUUCUCGGCCUGAAUGGCACAGGUCGCACUCCCUCAAAAAUUACAUACGAACGGCUCCUGGAAUCUGGAGUCAUUGACUCUAACUCCUGCCGUUUGCCUUUUAACUCUGUUCACGCCGUGACUGUACCCGGUGCCAUUGCUGGUUGGAUCGAUGCAUUCACUGAACUUGGCUCCGGCCGCGUCACACUGGAGCAGAUUUUCCAGCCGGCUAUUGAGCUCUGUGAAAAUGGGCAUCCUGUUAGUGAAAUCUCCGCUUUCUUGACUCAAAGCAGUUGGAAAAAGUUAGAGGCCCAAAAUCUUAACAACAAAGAAUUAAUCAGCUGUUUCGCUUCCGUGGGCCGUCCUGACAUGCCACCUUUAGAUGGGGAUUUUGUAAAGAACCCUAAAUUGGGUGAGCUACUUCGCGGGGUGGCGAAGUACGGCAAGGAUGGGUUUUAUGCCGGCCCAGUUGCUGAGGCAAUUACCGAAGAAGUCCAAGCUAGGGGCGGCUUUCUGACCAAAGAAGACCUUGCAAACCACACCUCCACAUUUGUUGAUCCCAUUUAUCUGGAUUUCCUAGGGCACCGAAUUUGGCAGAUUCCUCCCAAUGGUCAAGGUCUUGUUGUGUUGUUAGCACUUGGUAUAAUUCGGGAAUUGCACGAAGACGGAACUGUUGAUCUGUAUCAACUGAAGCAUAACUCAACCGAGUACCUACAUCUCAUAAUUGAAUGUCUCAAGAUUGCAUUUUACGACGCGGAUGAGUAUGUGUCGGAUCCUGAACACCAGGAGGUUGACAUCUUACCUAAACUGCUGUCUAAGCCAUAUUUGAAAAUGAGGGCUAGGUUAUUCAAUAAGAGCUCAAUCUUGGAUUCGAAAAGUAUGUCUCACGGUGUUCCUAACUCUCAGUUAAACCAAUCUGACACUGUAUAUUUUACAGUUAGUGACCCCGAGGGCAAUGCGACCUCAUUCAUAAAUUCCGUUUACGUGGACUUCGGGUCGGGCAUUGUACCUCGAAAUUUCGGCGGCUUUGCACUACAGAAUAGAGGUGCCAACUUAAACUUAACGAAGGGAUCCAAGAACUUUUUGGAACCCAAUAAGAGAGCAUAUCACACUAUUAUUCCAACAAUGAUAACUAACUCAGAGACUGGUGAGUUGGUGUUUAGUUUAGGAAACAUGGGUGGUUUCAUGCAGCCCACGGGUCAUGUUCAGCAUUUUUUUAACCUGCUACUAUUCAAUCUCUCACCUCAGCAGUCCCUUGACUCACCAAGAGUUUGCCUUUCACCUCAUCCCAAGUACUCGCACCUUGACCGUGGUCGGGGCUCUGAUGGCCCAGUUUCAACGCCGGUAACAUUAAUAUCAGCGGAAGAUGACCUAGAUUUGGGUACGAUUGACGGUCUGCGUGCUCUAGGUCAUGACGUUGACGUGCGCAGUGGUAUGGCAAGAACGCUAUUCGGUAGAGGACAAAUUAUAAAAAAAAGGCGCCUGUCACAGGGCAAAGGCUUUGUAUAUUCGGCAGGUAGUGAUAAGCGAGGUGACGGAUGUGCUAUUCCUUUAAUUUGA